GUGUGGCCCCCUGCCAGGGGAGGCUUUAAAAGGGUGGGGGCGCGUGGCUCCUCUCACUCUCACAUCAGGACAAGCCAAAGGCAUCAAAGCGAGACAAGAUGACUCACCAUUGCACCAAGUUCUCCGGCCACUGGAAGAUCAUCGUCUACGAUGAGGAGUGCUUCCAGGGACGCCGCCACGAGUUCACCUCUGAGUGCUGCAACGUGAUGGAGUUUGGCUUCGAGACGGUUCGCUCCCUCAGGGUGGAGAGUGGCGCCUGGGUGGGUUACGAACACGCCUCUUAUCAGGGACAGCAGUUCAUCCUGGAGAGAGGAGAGUACCCCCAGUGUGAUGCUUUCGGAGGCAGCAACGCCUACCACAUCGAGAGAAUGACCUCCUUCAGACCUAUUGCCUGUGCUAACCAUAGAGAGUGUCGCAUGACAAUCUUCGAGCGUGAGAACUUCAUGGGCCGCAAGGGCGAGCUUAGCGAUGAUUAUCCUUCCCUCCAGGCCAUGGGUUGGUGCAACAAUGAAGUCGGCUCUCUCAAGAUCCAGUCUGGAGCAUUUGUGUGCUACCAGUACCCUGGUUACCGUGGUUACCAGUACAUCAUGGAGUGUGACCGUCACUGUGGGGAGUACAAACACUUCAGGGAGUUCGGCUCCCACUGCCAGACCCCUCAGAUCCAGUCCAUCCGCCGUAUUCAGCAGUAACAGCCCACACCGGACCCAUGUGACCCUGUGACCCCUCAGCCCUGACCCCUCCACCUCCCAGUGCUGAAUAAACUGUUUUUCUUAAACCUUA